AUGGGCAACCAAGACCAUCCUCAGUUUGCCACCCUUGCCCUUCAGAACGCGACCAUUCCCCUGUUAAAGGCAAUGCAAGACAAACUAGCACCCGAAGCCUACGAUCUUGUAAUUUCCGCGAUGAGGGAAUUUCGUUCAUCCAGCCCAGCCCAAGUCGACAGAGCAGUAGAGCGUGUCGUCGAGCUCGCUCAUCCACACAAAUUUCUUGUGGCUGGACUUUCUGCAAUCUUGCCAGCUGGGUACCAGUUAUUGGACCACGACGGUUCAUUGUACCUGAAGAAACCCAAUGGAGUCGUCAAGCACAUUGGUGGUCGCGUCAGUUCAGCUUCACUAGCUAAACGGCAGGAUGGAAACGAAACAGUGCCUUCUACCGGUUGUUCAGAGUGGUUCAAUGGCAUGCCUGAAUUCUCUGCAGGCUCCAAUCCCAGUUACGACGCUGGAUUGCCGCAAUGA